GCUUACAGAGUCUUGGGCCGAGACUCCACGUCAUGACGGGCGUUUUUGACUGGCCGGUCAUCCCUGCUGAUCCUGGGGAUGAUGUGAACAACACCAUCGCCCCCCGCCGUCAUUCCGGCCAUUUAUGCGUUGGCAUUGACUGCAAUUGGGUGUUCGACCUUCUUGAGGUGGGCCAGCUGAGGAUGGACAUCCUCUGCGUCCAUCGAGUGCAUCGCCAUGUGCUCGUAAUCGGGCGUCAUGAGGUUGAGGUCUGUCCUUACAUUGGGCAGCAGGAGUUCAACCUUGCCAUACCUCUCGGUGCUGGAGAACCAGUACUCCCACUCCAUGAUGGCAGCUCUCCAAGGAGGGGGAUGGACGUAACGGCAAUCAUCCUGCCACUGCAUCGGUGCUUACAGAGUCUUGGGCCGAGACUCCACGUCAUGACGGGCGUUUUUGACUGGCCGGUCAUCCCUGCUGAUCCUGGUGAUGAUGUGAACAACACCAUCGCCCCUCGCUGUCAUUCCGGCCAUUUCUGCGUUGGCAUUGACUGCAAUUGGGUGUUCGACCUUCUUGAGGUAGGCCAGCUGAGGAUGGACAUCCUCUGCGUCCAUCAAGUGGGCAGCAGACCCUGCCGUAGCUGAUGAUCAGUAAUAGCCUCGUACCUUGUUAUUGAGGUGUAUACCAUCAGGACAGAUUAAAACUAGUGUUUACACAAAGUG